GUGAUAUUUUAAGAAACAGACGUAACUAAAACAGUUAGGCGCUACCCUACCCAAAUUCUUACAACCCCUAUCCUAUCCUCAUCCUUAAUUCCCAUCACACUCCCUGUCGUUCCCAAUUAGGCAACUUUCAAGUCCAAUUUGUUAAGGGAGGUGGCGAAGUGGUAUGUGAGCCUCUCCUGUGCUAUGACUUACACAGCGGAGCCGUACGCGGGGAUGAAGGGGUCCUGGUGUUUGAGCGGAAAAGGUAGCUGUGGCACCCCGGAUGCAAUACAGCACUUUGGCCUGGAUUUCCAGCUAGACGGCAACCACGUAGUCCACCAGCUACGUGGCAACGGUCUUGGCGUCUUCCGUCUCUGGGUCGCCGGCGAGGGCCGUGGAGGUCACUUAACAUCUCAGUGACGAAAUCCAGCCAUGCUGAAGGAGUAAAGUUGCAGGGAACUACUGAUAGACUAUCACCCUUGUAACUGCAGCUCCCAAUGUCGCGCUAGGAGGAAAACUUUGCGUCCCUAUAUAUUUUUAAUAUCAGCAAUCCAAUUGUGACUCCGUGGCGGGUGAGACUGACGAGGAUGAAAACAACAACUUAUGUGGACAUAGAAAGCCAAAGACCCCAUGAUAAAGACCUAGCGAAGAAAGACCUGGUGAAGUGGCAACCCAGUGACAAACAACAAUCAUGGGACGAUGACCUUGACUCCUGGCAGCAGGUUACCAACCGACGUAAACAUUGGCAGGGUGAGGACAGGAAUAAGACUCAGAACGAUGAACCACGACAAAGAAGGACCAAACUCGGACAAAGGGCUAGGAAGGCUCGUAACAGAAAAAGGGCUUAAGAAACAGCUAGUAAGCCAACUGUAACGGGUCACGAGGAUAAUACCAAAGACAAACAGAGUAGACAGGAAGAACAGACCAACAAACAGCCAACGUCGAAGAGGCCAAGACUGGACGAUACGGUCUCCCCAAGGGGAGAGCAUAAAAAACCUAGAGCGGAAGAACCGCGUCCAACACCAGCCAAAAUUUCAUUCACCGAUGCGGCCACAGCAGACCUACUGGUGAAUUAUCACCAGAAAGAAGACCGGACAUCUGACCAUAGCUCAAGCAUCACAGGUGCUUGAAGCCCUAGAAGAAGCCGUAGUGAUGGAAACUCUAGAAGCAGGGCCGUCGACAGAGGAAGGACCAAACCUUAAGGGGAAGCCAACUAUUGGGGACGAGUUUCUCAGUCAACACCCAACACCGUCAGACACCCAAAACACUGGAUUGGGUGAAGAAGACUGUGGCCAAUAUGAAAAUCCCAGGAUUGGACGAUCUGACAGUACAAAGACAAAUUGACAGACCUAAGAGGGUGGUAUGUGGUCUACUCGUGCCCGGAACGAGAGCUCCACACAUGACCGCGAAGCUGUUACGCCACCAAAACAAAUUUGCCGACGUAGAUAGAUGUAUACUGCAUAAGGCCAUAGAAGGUGACGACAACACGUUCUUUAUCUUCAGCACCACCAGGGACGUGGCAGAGAAAAUUUUGGCAAGAGGGAGAAGACUGUGUUACCUGAUGGGCUCGGUAUAUGUGGAUACUUGUGGAUACUCGGUAUAUGUGGUAGCCGUGGAUUGGCCACAGAUGAUGUUAUUCCUACCACUAGUAAGUGGUAAGACAUUCUACAACCCAGAUAAUUGCGCACCGCGGACCCUGUAUUGUUUGCUCCUAACAUAUACAGGCUCAAAUAAUGACACAAUUUUGUUCCAGCGAUCUAACAAUAAUAAUAAUAAAACAGCAACAAAAUCUAAGUGUACCGAAUCUAGUGGUGGCCUCUGCCUACAUGCCGGAAGGAGCGGAAACACCGCCAAGGGAUCUGGAUGAACUGGUACGACACUGUGAACAAACAAAUAAGGCACUGAUCAUCAGCACAGACUCCAAUGCACACCAUCAAUUAUGGGGCAUGAACUAAAGUAACAAACGAGGUGAGGAACUGGUUGAUUAUUUUUUUACAACUAAUCUCAGCCUUCUUAACAAAGGCUCUAAACCUACUUAUGUAACAGAAGAGCUAACAGCAUACUUGACCUUAAAUUAACGAUCAAGGAAGCAGCAGCACUGAUUUCUGACUGGCAAGUAUCGUCAGAAGCCUCUUGUUCCGACCAUAGAUGGCUCAGGUAUUCAUUAUCGCAAUACAAACCAAUACAGUUGAACUGAGACGCUUACCAAGGAAGACAAACAAAAGACUAUAUCUAAAGCAGGUAAAUCCUUCAUUAAAUCUGAUAAAAGACAAAAGUUUGAAAGACACGA